AUGAACGUUGCACCUCGAAUUGCGCGAUCCUCGGCUCGAGCGGCUUCCUCGCCGUGGUCAUGUUUCUUCUGCCAGAAUGCCCGGCCGAAGCCUCAACGAACUACCCUCAACUUCGCCCGCAAUGCCUCCAACUCGCAGAGACCUGGACAACCUUACACCCCAACGAUGGAGGAGAUUCGGGCGCAUUACAGCAAGAAGAACAGGACGAUAGCUUACUAUACCUUGAGUACAAUCCUCGGAUUUGUCGCUCUCACUUAUGGCUCUGUGCCCCUCUACAAGAUGAUUUGCGCAACUACCGGCUGGGGCGGUCAACCUAUACGUGCUCACGGUGGUCCCGGCUCCGGCGAUGAAGGCGACCUUGCGAGUCGAGUCAUUCCCGUCAAAGACGCCACGCGAAUCAAAGUUACAUUCAACGCCUCCGUCUCCGACGUUCUCCCCUGGAAGUUUGUUCCCCAGCAGCGCGAAGUCCGCGUCCUCCCUGGCGAGACAGCGCUGGCCUUUUACAAGGCUACCAACACGAGCGACCAGGACAUCAUUGGAGUGGCUACCUACAGUGUGACACCUGGGCAGUGUGCCCCGUACUUCAGCAAGAUCCAGUGCUUCUGCUUCGAGGAACAACGUCUCAACGCAGGCGAGACGGUAGACAUGCCUGUGUUCUUUUACCUGGAUCCUGAUCUGCUCAAUGAUAUGAACAUGAAGGGUGUGGAGACGGUGACAUUGAAUUACACCUUCUUCAAAGCAAGAUACGAUAACAAUGGACGAUUCCAGAGGCCCAUGACGACAUAG